AUGUCAUCGGAGUCGGACGAGCCGACGGUAGCGUCACUUGUACGUUUGAACGUCUCAUCUCAUCUUCACGCCGACCAUGCUGUCCAGCUGACUUACAAGUCUGCUCCAAUUCGCAGGCGUCGGCGUUGAUGCGAACGAUGCUGCACGAGCUCGUCACCGACAUUGCGAUCGAAGAACAUCGCCUCGCAUGGCGCCGCAGGACAAGCAUGCAAGCGUCAGUUUGAAUUCCCGGGCUUUUAAACACCUGCUUUUGAGCUCUUGGGACUCUGGGCGCCUACUUCGAGUCCCUGCACGAGCUCCAACUGGUGACGUUCUUGGUCGAUGGGAACGAGAGCGGAGCGCGCCUGCUCCCCGCGUCUCUUCGCGAACAGGGUUGUUUGCCAAGAGCGAGAAGCUAAUCUUACCGAUUUUUCGUAUUUAUAAACAGUAACGAAGCACAGGCCCAAGCCAAUGCAGCGGAGCGCUUACUCGGUGCCAACGGUGAGAGCUCCAGCUCAAGCUCGGGAGCUGCGACGGCGUCCACCUCGAACCUGAGUCCGCACAAGAAGGACGAUGCUCUCUACGAAUGCAUGAUUUGCGGAAGACAGGUAAGUACCGGUUCGAAACGUACUGUGAGAGGAGCUCGCGGCGCUGGAUCUGAACUAACCGAGCUGACGAUCGAAACUCUUGGCGAUCCGUAACCAGAUCGGAGCUCCCAGGUUCGCCUCCCACCUUUCAAGCUGCAUGGGCUUAACCGGUCGCUCGAAACGAGCGGCCACGAACAAAGCCCCUAUCAACGGAAAGCUUCGGCAAGUGCUCGUCGAAUUUACCUCCUACUCCCGCCCGAGCGCUCAGAUGCGAUACAGCUAACCCGCUCUACUCAUCGUGAUGGGACGCCGGUUGCCGCGCUUCGCCAUCCCCCCACUUCGUUUGCCAGCAGCCAACUUGGCAGCGACCGCGCCUCCUCCUACGCCAGUGACGAAGACAGUCUUUCCGGAACAGAGAAGAGUGAGUGAAUGUUGCCGCACCCCUUUUUGAAAAUUAAUCAUGCCCUGACAAUCUUCUCAUUUCUUAGGAAAUGGCACCAAAGCAAGCUCGAACGGACUGAAGCGCUCGGCGAGCUUGUCAGGGUUCAAUGGAACAAGCAAGCACAAGAAAGCCAAGACUUCGAGCAAGUUUUUCUUUGAAAUUGUCACGUGUUGAAUUAAAGUAGCUGAUGUUCGUUUCUAUUUCACCUCACGCAGCACCAUCGCAUCCCGCCAAUGCACUGCAAGCACAGAUCGCAUCGAUCGGUUCUCAUCCUCUCGCCAAGACGCUCUCGGCACCCGCGGCUCCUCCGAUACCAAAGCCCGCCUCCGAAAUAACUGUGUCAUCUCUAUCGAGACCAUCAAAUACCAAACCCGCGCCCUCCCUUUCAAAACCCCUUCCUUCAGCCUCUCUAACAAGAUCCAAAUCCCCCGCACCGAAGAAACCUCCGAUACCUUCGUCGAAAAAGCCCUCCAAGAGCACGGAUCGGCCCGAAUCGGACAGCGAGGAAGACUCGCCCGACGAAAAUACCAAAAUUGCAAACCCGGCAACAUCAACACCACGAAAUAUUUUAGCAUCUCCGAAGAACGGUUCAGCUCCGAGCAAAACGCCGAGCACACUGCCGAAGACAGGGCAGCAUCCUUUGGCGCAUCGUUAGUCUUGCGCUCAGCGCGUCGCUAG